CUGAACUACAGUUAUGUCUGUUUUUGAACAGGGGGAACAGAUCUCGUCCAUACAGGAUGGAGAUCAGUGCCCAAGUAGGACGAAAGUCCUACAGGGAGCAGUUUGUCUUCUUCUACAGGUACAAUCAUCUGACAUUCAUAUGUUUCAAAGAUGUCUCACAUGUCCGGAAUUAUAAAGCUCAAAUCUGUCAAGACAGAUCAUUGCAUUUAGGAGAAGAUUUUAAGGAAAAUAAAACAUUUUUUAAAAAGUUCAAGAUAAUCCUCAGAAAUUAUUUCAGAUAUUCUUUAAACCAAAACAUUAACUUUUAUUCUUCCACCGUCCAUUUUAUGCCACUUAUCUGGGUCCAGAAUGCAGGAGCAACAGUCUAAGGAGAGACUCUUCAACAUUGAUUGCAUUAGAUAUUUUUUCCUUUAAAAGAAAUAAAAGCACUCUAUGAAUGUUUAAGAGGAUAGGUGAACAUGGCUUUUAGAAAAACCACCUCCUCUCCCUCACCUACUCCAGCUGUUCUGGAAGGACACGGAGGCGUUCCCCAGCCAGCAGAAAGACAUGAUCUCUUCAGUGUGGGUCUCCUCCAGGGUCCUCUCCCAACACUUUACAGAGGAGGCAUCCCGGAGGUAACCGAUGCAUCUACUCUGGGUCCCUCCUCGCCUCUGAGGCUGAACUCAGGUGCUCUUCAGAGGAAGCUCAUUUCUACUGCUUGCAUCUAUUCUCUCAAUUAGUACCUAUAAGUGAGGUUUGGAACAUAAAUUAGCUGGUAAACUGAGAGCUUUACUUUCACGUUCAGCACUCUUCACUAGAAGAGCGGUACAGCAUCCACAUUACUACAGACACUACACCAGCCUGUCUGUCCCCAACACCCCGACACACUAAGAGUCAAAAACCUGGAGUGGGGACUCCGCCCUAUUCCUGGCCUCAGACUUCACUUGCACAGCACAAGAUUCACAACAAUAAGCAACUUCUCAUGAUAUAAGUCAUCGCAGUUUGGGCUGAGACCUUGGCUAUAUGUUAGCAUGAGGGAAACAGAUGUGUAUGUAUUUUCUGUCUCAGACAGGAUGAAAUGAGUGUGAUUGACCGUUACCAGUAUGAAGAAGAAAACGAAGACGUGCUUGCCAGAGAGCCCUUUAUUGUGCAGUUUCGCCGCCGUUCAGCCAGACGUAUUUGUGAAGAAGCUUGUUCUGAUUCCCGUCCACACCAAACCAAAGGAUGCUGAACAUGAGCUGCGUGCUCUUCAUAAUGUGGUCCAAGAUGCAAGAAGGAGAUGGGGCACUAAUAGCAUCAUGAUUUUGGGGGACUUCAAUGCAGAUGGACGUUACCUGUCAAGUACUAAAAGGACAAACAUCAGAAUGAGCUCUCGUCCCUACUUUUGGUUGAUAGAUGAAGACGCUGACACCACUACUAGUGACCUUAAUGACCAUACAUAUGACAGGAUUGUUGUGUUUGGAAAGAGGAUGAAUGACCCAGCUGUUCCUGGCUCUGCAAAGCCUUUCAACUUCAAAAGAGCGUACCGCCUAAAUGAUGACACAACUCGAUCCGUCAGUGACCACUACCCAGUGGAGGUGGAGCUUCGGGACAAUUAACGUAUGAAGAAUUAUAGAAAAAAGCUUUAUUUUUACAUUGAGAACCUGCCUUGAAGUGAGAUAGCAAACAAAUUUCACCUCCAGUUUUAUAAUCAGGAACCAUGUAUGUGUUUUUCUUAUAUGUGUAAUUAAGUAACGGUUCAUGUUAAAAUAGUUUUUCUGUCUUUUUUUCACAUUAUGUACAAUUUUAUGCCAAAGAACAGUAAAUGAGGCACUCUACCUUUUAGUAAAAUUAACAACUUUAUUUUUGGAGGAACUUCAUAGAAAAAAACAGGAUUGCAACCGACACAAUGCAAAUAAACCUUUACAUCCACGCACAACUUGUUUUGUUUUUCUGUCAUGUUCAAUUUUAUGCAACGACUGGACAAGUGGAGCAUGAAUUGUCAGGGUUCCUGGGUCAGUGACUCAGUGUUUUCAGCUUGUUCAGGUUCAGUGUAUUUUGUCACUCGUUCUCAUUUUCUGUUGUUCUGUUCCUGUUACUUGUAUGUAUCAUUAGUUAGAUUAUGUUCACCGGUCUCUAAUCACUAAUCAUUCAGUCUGUGUAUUUAAGUCCCUCAGUUUCAUCAGUUCAUUGUCGUGUCAUUGUUGUAGAUGUUAGGUUGUCACCGUAUGCUUUGCUCAUUCAAUCAGUCAUUCAGUCAUUCAGUCCGUCCGUCCGUCUGUCCGUCCGUCAGCCAUUUCCUGCCCCUGUUCUGUUCAUUCACUCCAUCUGCAAUAGACACCAGCUUUCACCGCGA